CGCCACAACCACUUUCUACUGUGCAUUAAUUCCAUUCCCUUUUAUGGAACCUUAGAGAUAUUUUGUGUUGACUCAACAAUAUGAGUUGCGGAGACUUCCUUUAAAACCCUUGGGUUCCUCCUACAAACCAUUAUUCAGAGCUGCAGAGACUUUCUUUGAUUAAUUCCUUUCUACUUACAAACAAAGAAUCAUGGCUGGUUUUGUUGGGGAAGCUGUUUUGUCUGGUCUCAUCCAGAAACUGAUUGACAUGGUCACCUCCCCUGAGCUCUGGAAUUUCGCUAGCGAAGAGCACGUCCAUUCUGAGCUUAACAAGUGGAAGAAAAUUUUGACGAAGAUCUAUGUAGUCCUCCAUGACGCAGAGGAGAAGCAUAUGACGGACCCCCUGGUGAAGAUGUGGCUUGACGAGCUCGGAGACUUGGCUUAUGAUGUGGAGGACAUCUUGGACAGCUUCGCCACUGAAGCUUUGCGACGCAAUUUGAUGGCGGAAACCCUUCCUUCUGGCACUCAACCUAGCACAAGUAAGUUACGGAGCCUCAUCCCUUCUUGUUGUACUAGUUUCACUCCAAAUUCUAUUAAGUUUAAUGCGGAGAUGUGGUCCAAAUUCAAGAAGAUCACCGCCGGGUUACAAGAAAUUUCUGCACAAAAAAAUGAUCUCCAUUUAACAGAGAAUAUUGCUGGGAAGAGGUCUACCAAAACAAGGGAAAUACUUCCCACCACUUCUUUAGUGGAUGAGUCCCGUGUUUAUGGUAGGGAAACGGAUAAAGCAGCCAUAGCCAACUUGUUACUCAGGGAUGAUUCAUGUACUGAUGAAGUCUGCGUGAUUCCUGUUGUCGGUAUGGCUGGUAUUGGCAAAACUACUCUCGCCCAACUUGCAUUCAACGAUGAUGAAGUAAAAGCUCAUUUUGAUUUGAGAGUUUGGGUCUAUGUUUCUGAUGAUUAUGAUGUCUUGAAGAUCACGAAAACAAUUCUACAAUCAGUUUCUCCGAAUACUCAGGAUGUUAAUGAUCUUAAUUUGCUUCAGAUGGCAUUAAGGGAGAACCUUUCCGGGAAGAAAUUUCUUCUUAUCCUAGACGAUGUAUGGAAUGAGAACCAUGAUUCAUGGGAGUUUUUGUGCAUGCCAAUGAGAUCAGGGACACCGGGUAGUAAGCUUAUUGUCACAACUCGCAAUGAAGGUGUUGUAUCAAUCACUCGAACUCUCCCAGCUUAUCGUCUUCAGGAGUUAUCAUACGAAGAUUGUUUAUCUGUAUUCACUCAACAAGCAUUAGGGAAAAGUAACUUUGAUGUUCAUUCGCACUUGAAAGAAGUUGGUGAGGAAAUAGUGAGAAAGUGCAAGGGUUUGCCUUUGACAGCAAAGGCCCUUGGUGGCAUGUUGCGCAACCAAGUAAGUCAUGAUGUGUGGGAAAAUAUUUUAACAAGUAAGAUAUGGGAUCUACCCAAAGACAAAUGCCGCAUUAUUCCUGCUCUCAAGUUAAGCUACCAUCAUCUCCCUUCUCAUUUGAAGCAGUGUUUUGCCUAUUGUUCAAUAUUUCCGAAAGGCUAUGAAUUCGACAAGGAUGAGUUAAUCCAAUUAUGGAUGGCCGAGGGUUUUCUUCAACAAACAAAGGAAAAUACCCGGCUGGAAGACUUGGGUUCUAAAUACUUCUAUGAUUUAUUGUCAAGGUCAUUUUUUCAACAAUCUAAUCACAAUUCAUCUCAAUUUGUGAUGCAUGACCUAAUCAAUGAUCUAGCUAAAUAUAUAGCAGGAGAAACAUGCUUUAAUUUGGAGGGUAUAUUAGUGAAUAACAAACAAUCCACCACUUUUAAAAAGGCUCGUCAUUUAUCUUUCAAUAGUCAAGAGUAUGAGAUGCCUGAAAGAUUCAAAGUCUUUCAUAAGAUGAAGUGUUUGCGAACACUGGUUGCAUUGCCACUGAAUGCCUUUUCUAGAUAUCACUUCAUAUCAAAUAAGGUAAUAAAUAACUUUAUACAGCAAUUUAAAUGUUUACGUGAAUUAUCUUUAAGUGGCUAUUACAUAAGUGGAGAGCUACCACAUUCAAUUGGUGAUUUGAGACAUCUACGUUAUCUCAAUUUGUCCAACUCUUCAAUAAAAAUGUUACCUGACUCCGUGGGUCAUCUUUACAAUCUACAGACAUUAAUAUUAUCCGAUUGUUGGAGACUCACUAAGUUGCCUCUUGUGAUUGGAGGCUUAAUCAACCUUCGACAUAUUGAUAUUUCUGGUACUAGUCAACUACAGGAGAUACCUUCCAUCAGCAAACUCACAAAUUUGCAAACAUUAUCUAAAUACAUUGUGGGAGAAAGUGAUAGUUUGAGAAUAAGAGAAUUGAAGAACUUGCAGGACCUUCGAGGGAAGCUUUCCAUUUCUGGGUUGCAUAAUGUGGUGGAUACUGGAGAUGCAAUGCAUGCUAAUUUAGAAGAAAAGCACUACAUUGAAGAGUUGACAAUGGAAUGGGGCGGUGAUUUUGGUAAUUCACGAAAAAGAAUGAAUGAGAUGAUUGUUUUAGAGGGGCUACGACCACCUAGAAACUUGAAAAGGCUCACAGUGGCAUUUUAUGGUGGAUCAACAUUUUCAGGUUGGAUAAGGGACCCCUCAUUCCCAUCAAUGACACAAUUAAUUCUAAAGAAUUGCAGGAGAUGCACCUCGUUACCAUCUCUCGGCAAAUUAUCCUUACUCAAGACCUUGCAUAUUGAAGGGAUGAGUGAUAUUAGAACCAUAGAUGUGGAAUUCUAUGGAGGGAUUGCCCAGCCUUUUCCAUCCCUGGAGUUUCUAAAGUUUGAGAAUAUGCCGAAAUGGGAAGACUGGUUUUUUCCUAAUGCAGUUGAAGGAGUUGAAUUAUUUCCACGCCUAAGAGACCUUACCAUAAGGAAAUGCUCAAAGUUAGUUAGACAGUUGCCUGAUUGCCUGCCAUCCUUGGUGAAACUUGACAUCUCUAAAUGUCGAAAUCUGGCAGUGUCUUUCUCAAGAUUUGCAUCUCUAGGUGAACUAAAUAUAGAAGAAUGCAAGGAUAUGGUGUUGAGAAGUGGGGUGGUUGCAGAUAAUGGUGAUCAGCUGACAUCUAGGUGGGUUUGCAGUGGUCUUGAAAGCGCAGUGAUUGGCCGCUGUGACUGGCUUGUAUCAUUGGAUGACCAAAGACUGCCUUGCAAUCUGAAAAUGUUGAAGAUAUGCGUCAACCUGAAGAGCCUGCAAAAUGGAUUGCAGAAUCUCACUUGUCUUGAAGAGCUGGAAAUGAUGGGAUGCCUAGCAGUGGAGUCAUUCCCAGAGACAGGUUUGCCGCCCAUGCUCAGACGUCUUGUGCUGCAGAAAUGCAGGAGCCUGAGGUCGCUGCCCCAUAACUACAGCUCAUGUCCCCUUGAAUCCUUGGAGAUUAGGUGUUGUCCAUCUCUCAUCUGCUUUCCACAUGGUAGGUUACCCUCCACCCUCAAGCAACUGAUGGUUGCAGAUUGUAUACGGCUAAAGUAUCUACCAGAUGGAAUGAUGCACCGCAAUUCCAUACACAGCAACAACGAUUGUUGUCUUCAAAUACUGAGGAUACAUGAUUGCAAGUCUCUCAAGUUCUUCCCAAGAGGGGAGUUACCCCCCACCCUUGAGCGGCUUGAGAUUCGGCAUUGCUCCAACUUGGAGCCAGUAUCAGAGAAAAUGUGGCCCAAUAAUACAGCUCUUGAGUAUUUGGAGUUGAGGGGUUAUCCCAAUCUGAAAAUCCUACCAGAAUGCCUUCACAGAAAGAGGGUUUCCAGAAAGAGGGUUUUCGGCCCCCAACCUCAGAGAGCUCCGUAUUUGGAGAUGUGAGAAUCUCGAGUGCUUGCCGCGUCAAAUGAAGAGCCUCACAUCUCUUCAGGUUUUCAACAUGGAGAAUUCUCCGGGAGUGAAGUCCUUCCCAGAAGAGGGUUUGGCCCCCAACCUAAAAUUUCUUUCAAUUAUAAAUUGCAAGAAUCUGAAGACGCCCAUAUCUGAGUGGGGCCUCCACACCCUCACCUCUCUUUCAACAUUGAAGAUUUGGGAAAUGUUUCCAGGCAAGGCUUCCCUUUGGGACAAUAAGUGCCUUUUUCCUACAUCUCUCACAAACCUCCAUAUCAACCAUAUGGAAUCCCUGACCUCCCUGGAACUCAAAAACAUCAUCUCCCUUCAACAUCUAUAUAUUGGGUGCUGCCCUAGGCUCCACUCCUUAAGACUCUGGACAACAACACUUGCAAGUCUUGAAAUCAUCGGCUGUCCUCUUCUUCAAGAAACGAAAUUUCCCUCCAUUGCCCACAUCCCCAAAUUCAAAAUUGAUGGCAGAGUAAAGUAUUCUACGGGUGGUGGAAAAAGAAUGGAAACAGAAAGCCAUUCAACCCUAUCCUUGCAUUGUUCAUUCAGGGAUCCAGCUUAAUAAGGAUAUGGCAAGUAUUGACAGGGUGAACAAAGAAAAAAGAAGAGAGAGAGAUGAGACAUGAUCCAUUCUCUUGAUGUAUAGGUGACUUUGGCUUGGCUGCAGGUAUUAAUUGGGGGCUUUCUAUUAAAUUUCUGAUUCCCCUUUUUGUUCUCGGCCUCAGUUCUGGAUGAAGGAAACCUCGAUAACAUUCUAUUCCACCUUUAUCAGCAUCAUGGCCUCCAAAUUGGUCUAUUCUUAUGUGUUUCCAAUUCUUCUUAUAUGCAAUAUGAUGGAUUGUUCUUCCUAAGGAUUCUUCUUUCCCUAGUAAAGAAAUGAAUGCAAACAAAUGGGAAGGAAAAAAAAAAAGAAAUGGUGAAUAUUAUUAGAUGCAAAACUUCCUAAUCAUUAACUGCUGCCUAUUCACUUGCUGUAUUGUGGACUGUGGUCACUUCAGCCCAGAAAUGCUAUUUCAUGGCUGACUCUGAUCAAGACAUCCCACAUCCAUUGCCUGCCAUUAGAUAUUCAUCAUAUGGGCUGCUUGAAAUGAAGGCAAUGAUAUCUCUUCCCCUUUUUUCAGUAAGCUGGAAAAUAAAAAUGUCAGAAAGUAUAGAGGUGGCCAAGGCAUUGCUGCAUACACUUGAAAGAGACCUGUUCCUCAAGGUCCAUGAUGCUGGUCAGCCCUGAGCUGCGCUAGAGCUGUUGAAGAAGUGGACUGAAGACAAACUUCCUCAAAAACCCAUGCACUGCUGAAUCAAAAAAGGCAGAAAAAUGGGCUGCUCAAAUGUUAUUGCCUCUGUUGUGUUGAAGCCUAUAUCUUGUUUUAUAUUACACACAGUUGAAUAAUUUGUCCAUGCUGAACAUUGCAUGCAGCCCUUGAAUUCUCAGUAUGCUUGUAAAUAUUUGCCCACAGCCCACAACUACAAACUCUGGACUCAACAGCUGAUGAGGUAACCAAAAUUUCUUUUGGGAAUAAGAAUGUAUGCAGCUUGUGUAUAUCAUUCCUCUUUCUUGUUAUCUUAUUGUUUGCUGUACUUGUGGACUUAUUCCUUUGACUUGGAUUUGAAGUUUAAUAAAAGUGUACCACUCUUUCACUGUCA